UUGAAUUAAGUUGUAAAAAUUAAACAAUAAUUUCCUCAGAAGUCUAAUAGAUUGGAAUUCGUCUAUUCUGCUCCAUUUCCUAUGCCGCAAAUCAAUCCAGCAAGAUGUCUCACAUACCACGUUUUAUAGAUGAAAACCGUGUUAUUGCAGUUCUAAAAUGGCCGCAAGUAAUUGAAGCGGUAGAAGAAGGAAUACGCGCCGCUUCCUCAAAGCCAGAACCAGCUCCGCCAGCAAGCAACUGCGGAAGUAAAAAUCCCUAUGCCAUACAACCUGCACGCAUCUUCACACAGGCAGGUUUCAAUAGUUGUAAUUACCUACUUGCUAUGCCCGGAUUUUUGGGCGAUUGGGAGUUAGAGCCAACAGACCGUAAGAAAAGAUGCUCAAACCAACAGGAUUCUAAACUUAGCACUUUAAUAUGUAAGUGUGUCACAAAUUUUCCAAUCAAUGAAAGUUGUCCUUGCCCAUUGCCGCAUGUAAUGGCACACAUAUUAUUCUACAAUGUGCGGUCCGGUUGCUUGGAAUGCAUCAUUGAAGCGAAUACUCUUACGGUUUGGCGUACGGCUGCUGCUUCGGCUGUGGCUACACGGUAUUUGUAUUAUAGACGUUUCGGUAAAUCUGAAAAUCGUGUUAUAAAUCUGGCCAUUAUUGGUUCUGGAGUGGAAGGGCAUGUCCAUGCGCUUGCUAUGCUCGAUACCUUCUGCCUUAACACUCUAUAUUUAUGGGACGAAGAUAUAGAAAAAGCAAAAUGUCUUGCUAAGAGACUUUGUCCGGAUGCACCGAACGUAGAUAUAAAAAUUGGACAAUCCGUCCAAACUACUGUGAGCGAUGCAGACGUCAUAUGCAUGUGUACUGACUCAUGUGAGCCUUUAUUGACAACUGACAUGAUAACUAAGCCAUCAGUUCAUAUUAACGCGGCUGGCAUGUAUGGACAAAUUGGUCGAGAUGUUUAUGAAAAAGCAGCUAUUUAUACGGAUUCAAGAGCACACGCGCAAGAAAUAAAAAAUCUGCCUGGUCCAAUAGUUGCCGAGGUGGGGGAAGUCAUAAAAGAAAUGGAAUAUCCACCAAUAGAAGGUAUAACGAUAUUUCAAUGUAUGGGAAUGGCAGCUGAAGACGCACCCGUUGCACACAUUGUGUACAACGCGUAUAGAUAAAUAUUUGCGCAUACUUACUAACUGCAGCUAAGGUGAUGGAGCGAGUAGACAAGACUAUCAAUUUCUAAAUUUCCUAAAUUGUUAUUUUCAAGAAAUAAAUCCAGUUCAAGGGCUUAUUAAACAAAUUUGAAGUGUAUUAAGAAAAUUUCUUUAUUUAAAAUUUGAUCACAGGCAUGAUAAAUUCAUAUUCUACUGUGUCCUUUUCAAUAAAGCAAACUAACAAAAUAGGUAA